GGAGCUUAAACAGUUUAGAACAUGGAGCCCAAAUUUGAUGAUGGGCAUUCUAUUACAGUAAAUCUCUUGGAUGGACAUAAAAAACUCCACCAAAACCAAAACAUGAACCAGGAUGGUAAUGGUAUUCACCGCCCCGCUUCCGGCCAGACAUCCUUUUCCAAGACCUGUUUCAACGGCAUCAAUGCAUUGUCAGGAGUUGGUAUAUUGUCAGUCCCAUAUGCAUUGGCGUGUGGAGGAUGGUUGAGCUUGUUCUUUCUGUUGAUAAUCGCGGCAUCAACCUUCUACACAGGCUUACUAAUUCAAAGGUGCAUGGUGAUGGAUUGUAGGAUAAAGAGCUACCCAGACAUUGGUGAGCGUGCGUUUGGAAGUGUGGGAAGAACAGUGGUAUCCAUUGUUAUGAACUUGGAGCUUUACAUGGUGGCCACGGGUUUCUUGAUCCUAGAAGGAGAUAAUCUGGACUACUUGAUACCAAAUUUGAAGUUAGAGCUAUGGGGGAUUGUGAUUGGUGGGAAACCCAGCCUGGUUAUUUUGAUUGGGCUGCUAAUUCUGCCCACUGUUCUGUUGAACGACAUGAGCGUUCUUUCUUACAUAUCUGCCAGUGGAGUAAUAGCUUCGGUUACGCUUCUGGGGUCAAUGCUGUGGGCUAGUGCGACAGAUGGAAUUGGUAUUCAUGCAGAUGAUGCCCUUGUUUAUUGGAAGGGAAUCCCCACUGCUGUUAGCCUUUAUUCCUUUUGUUACUGCGCUCAUCCCGUUUUCCCCACUCUUUACACUUCCAUGGAAAAUCCCACACAGUUCUCAAAGGUUCUGAUUCUGUGCUUUCUAGCCUGCACCAUUAGCUAUGCAUCAAUGGCCAUUCUGGGCUACCUUAUGUUCGGUCCAGACGUGCUAUCUCAAGUGACCCUAAACCUCCCCACCCAUAAAAUCAGCUCCAAAGUGGCCAUCCUCACCACACUCAUCAACCCAAUAGCCAAGUACGCCUUGAUGGUGAAACCGCUAGUGAAUGCGAUGGAGAAUUUGUCCGCAUCCCAUUGCAACAAGAAGGGGUGCAGCCUGGUGAUCAGAACCAGCCUGGUAAUCAGCACAGUGAUUGUGGCCGUAGCCAUUCCCCUUUUCGCCUACUUAAUGUCACUGGUGGGGGCGUUCUUGAGCAUAACGGCAUCCGUUAUCCUGCCUUGCUUGUGCUUCUUGAAGAUUUCUGGGAUAUACCGCACACUGGGGGUGGAGAUGAUAAUGGUGUCUGGGAUUAUGGUAAUGGGUGUAGCUAUCAUGGUUGUAGGUACUUACACGUCUGUGCUGGAAAUUUAUGGGCAUUUGUAGACCAAAUUGCUCUUGAUGAUAGGUGGUUAGAAAGGUGUUUGGCGUUUCUCGGUUGUACAAGUUUUUUUUUAACAUUUUGUUUUGGUUUGUUUUGUGUACGUGGAAGUCAUAUUGUAAGCCAUGUUAACAUGAUCUUAACUCUGAGGGUGUUUGGUUGACAUAAUUUCAAUUCAAUUAUAAUGUAAUUCAGCAGAGCUAAAAAGUAAAAAUUAUAGCGUUGGUUGAAAGGUAUUGUAAUCCUGUGAAA